AUGGAUGAAGAUCAGGAUACUCAGUUGUGUCUAGACUUUCACGACAAGGAGAAGGACAACGCCGGAGAGAACAAGCCGGUCGAUCUCACGAAAGGGAGGUUGUACAUAAAGCUGAAGAUGCCGACGGCGGUCAAUUGGUCUAAUGCUGAAGAAACCAGCAUGCAUGGCAACGACGAUCAAUUAAAGACCAGGAAGGUUUAUGUCUGCGAUUUCUGCAAUAAAACGUUCAGUACAGGAAAAGGAUUGGGAGGCCACAAGAGGAUUCACACGCAAGCAAGCAAGAGACAUCACCGAUUUCCCCACAAGAAGAUUUACAAACCCAAGCUCAAGAAGAGUGCUGGUGUCGACGAGCCUAAGGAUGAUUCCGAUGCAACUUGUGCGAUCUGUGGGAAGACUUUCCCUUCGAUGAAGUCCUUGUUUGGGCACAUGAGAUCCCACCCUGAGAGGGAGUGGAGGGGAAUUCAUCCCCCUACGAGGUCAAACCGCAGCAUGUUGGUCGCUGUACUGGAGUCCGCCGCUGGCACUUGCGGGGUUCGUGAUGGGGAUCCUGAUGAUACUAGCCAGAUAUCAUCGCCAGCUCCGCGAUCCACAUCGGAGUGGGGGGUCAUUGGCAAGAGGAGAAAUAAACUGUCCUCCACUGUUGACGACUUCCCGGGUUUGUCUUCGAGUCCGGUUCGGUCUGAUUGGGUAUCUAGUGACCUGGAGCUAGAAGCUAGUGAUAACCUCUUGUUGCUUGCUAAAGGGAAUCACCCUUUUAGCAAUCCAUCAAGCACAACUGGCCCAGAAAGCAAGUCGGCUCGAGGCAAUAAUUGCAAUGCCGAGAAGGUGAUAAAGGGCGAGUACGAAGAUGCUCGAGCCUGUCCCGAAUUGGUCAGCAUGUCCAAGAUGCAAAAGAUGGAGUCAUCCCCAUCUGAUAAGAAAGUGAAGAAAGUGAAUUCAGCCUAUAAAACAAAAGUGAGAGAGGGCAAAGGCAAGGAGAAGAUGGACGAGUUUCAAGGUUGUGAUGAUGACAAAGGAUACAGUCACGAGAGGAGUAAUGUAGCUGAUGAUGACAAAGGAUACAGUCAUGAGAGGAGUAAUGUAGCUGAGUCGAAUUGUAAGGAUGGUGAAUACAAAGUGACACAGGAUCAGGUUGAGCUAAAUACUCCCUUUGAGAAGGGAAACAUUGCAAAGAAGAAAAGGAAGCGAUUGCCCGGAAAUUCGGAAGCAGGAGCAGAUGGCAUUGCUCGGUGCAUUAGCCGUAGCCGGAAGAUUUCCCAGACAUCUGAGAGGUUUAAGUGUAACAUAUGCGAUAAAUCAUUCUCGACCCACCAAGGCUUGGGUGGUCACAUGUCCAGCCACAACAAGGUCACCAUCAAGAAGAGCCGAAGUGGAGAUGAUCAUGAAGGAUCUGCAUCGGUGGAUCAAGAAGCCGAUGAGUUCAGAUCAAUCGCUGCAACCGCGACCCAAGAACCGGAGGAUGAUGGCAGCGCAGAUGCCAAAUGCUAUGGAGACAGCGGAGAUGGCCCACCCUCGGUGCAGGCAUCGGGUCGCAAGAUGCUUGCCAUUGACCUCAACAAGCUUCCGCCUACGGAGCAGGAUGAGCAAGAGGGAUGA